AUGGCAGAAAUAGCAGUUUCAGCAGCACUUGGUGUUGUGCAGAUCUUCCUCAGUCAAAGAAUCCCAGAGCUGAAGCAAAAAGAAGUUGAUAUCGGCGUUAUCAAAGGACAUUUGGAAACCAUGCGAGCCUACCUCAAGGACAUUAAGAAACGAGAACACACUGAAGGUGCUAGAGAUCGAAGAAACAAAGUACAGGAGAUUGCAUACAAGAUUGAGGAUGCUCUUGAAGAGUUCAUGGUUGAUGUGCCAGAACACUUCCAUAAGCACAAAUUCUCCCAAGCUCUUCAUGACGUUUACCACAAAGUCAUGGACUGGAGAGCAUUCCCUAGAUUGUCCUCCCGUAUAAAUGAUAUUCAAGACAAGAUCAGAGAUAUCAAAGAGUUAGAUUCAUUUCGCACAUCUUCCUCUGGAGUAGCCUCAAGUUCCCGUGCUGAAGGAGUCCCUGACCUGGCUUAUCCUAUCCUCAAAAAUGAUGAGCUCGUGGGCAUCGAGAGGCGUACAUCUGAUCUUCUUGAUCGUCUUAUGAAGGAAGCAUCAAAGCGUCUGGUGAUUUCUGUAGUUGGAGCCAGUGGCUCUGGUAAGACCAUUCUGAUAAAAAAAGUUUGUGAGAGUGAAGGGGUGAAGGGCCAUUUUGAAUGUCAUGCUUGGGUUUCUCAUUCAACCUCCUGCAAAGACACCUGCGAGAAAAUUUGCAAAGAAAUGGGAGUACCGGUUCCCCCAGGAGGAAAAAUAGAAGAGAAUUUGGUCAACUACUUGGAAGAUAAAAGGUAUCUCGUGGUUUUGGAUGGAGGUUGGAAAGAAGAUUGGUGCAACUGCAUUAAUAUAUUACCCGACAAUGGCAAUGGCAGUAGAGUAAUCUUCUCCACAUGCAGGCUUGAUUUAGUUUCUAAAUGUUCAGAUGAUUUCUACAAUCUAGAUCCAUUAUCAGGCAACGAGGCUUGGGAGCUCUUCUGUAAGAAGGCCUUCAGUGGCAGUGAAUGUCCUAAGCACUUAAAAGAGAUAUCUGAAGAUCUCUUGAGCAAUUGUGGAGGGCUGCCACUUGCAAUAGUGGCCUUGGGCAGUCUAUUAUCAACUAAAAGCCGAACACCAGCAGAGUUCCAGAAAGUGCUCGACAGCCUAGGACAUAAUCUGGAAAGAAAUUUCGAAUUUGGGAUCAUGAAGAGAGUAUUGGAGCAAAGAUAUUUCAAUCUCUCCCACAAUCUUAAGCGCUGUUUCUUGUACUUUUGCAAUUUUCCUGGGGGUUAUCCUGUUACACGUGGGAGACUGAUUCGGUUGUGGAUAGCUGAAGGAUUUGUUGAGGAGAAAGGAGACCAAGCACUGGAGGUGGCAGAUGCGUACCUCAAAGAGCUCAUCAGUGGAUGCUUGGUCGACACAAACACAUGGGAUGUCCAAGGCCUGGUAAGAAGUUGUCAAGUUAAUAAUCUUGUGAGAGAAUGCCUUGUUUCAAUAUCUGAAGAUGAAAGAUUCUGUAAAGUUUUGACCAGACAAAACUUUGAUGAAUAUGAUCACCGUAGCAAUCGCCAUAUAGCAAUCCAUGAUGCUUUCACCGAUUCGUUGCAAAGCAAGGAUUUCUCUCAUGUUCGCACCUUAUUCAUGUUUGGAAAAGAGAAUUUUACUGCUUCCGUAUUUGGAAAAGCACUAGAGCGCUUCAAGUUUUUGAGAGUUUUGGAAUUGAAAGAUGCACCUUUGGAAACUUUUCCAGAAGAAGUUGUCAAUCUCACCCUAUUAAGGUAUUUGAAUCUGAGGAAUACCAAGAUAAAGGCAGUUCCAGGCUCAGUAAAAAAGCUUCAAAACCUAGAAACUUUGGACCUCAGACAAACUUUUGUUUCCGAGUUGCCCAAAACUAUACGUAAAGUUCAUAAACUUGUCCAUCUUGCAGUGGAUAAGAUAAAUGAAGAUCAAGGCCGGGUAGGAGCAGGUGUGUUUUCAGGAAUUGGGGUUUUAGCGUCCUUACAGAAGUUGUCACUGAUCAAAGCAAACAAGAACCAGCGAAUUGCCGAGGAAUUGGGAAAUUUGACUGCAAUGAGGAAACUCGGGAUCACAGAACUUGAAAGCAGGGAUGGAAAGGAUUUGUGUGCAUCGAUCCAGAAGAUGAAGCAUCUUUCCUGUUUGCAUGUAACAUCAAGAAGCAAGGUGGAAGUUCUUGAUCUGGAUUACAUGUCUACCCCGCCAAGCCUGCUUCACCGACUAUCUCUGGAAGGAAAAUUGCGUGCAACUCCUUCAUGGAUUUCCGAACUUCAUAGUCUGGUCAAGAUGAGUCUAAAAUCAUCCAGAUUAGAUGGUGGUCUGAUUGAGGCCCUUCAAGAUUUGCCUUGUCUCAUGGAGCUCCAAUUGGUUGAUGCUUUCAAUGGGAAAGAGUUGGAAUUUAGGUGCAAUUCGUUUCAGGAACUUAGGAAGUUAGAAGUUGAACAAUCGGAUCACCUGCACACGGUGCUAGUGCAUGAAGGAGCAAUGCCUAAUCUUCAAAAGCUUACUAUGAGAAGAUGUAAGAACUUGAAGUUGGCUCCCUUGGGACUUAAUAAUCUAACCAGGCUUGAGGAAAUGCAUCUGUAUGAAAUGUCAGAGGAGCUCAUAACUGAACUUGACAACUUAAGGACAGGAGAAUAUCAUUGGAUGAUUGAUCACAUUCAAGUCAUCCAUACUUCUUGCUCUCCGGUGAACAGCACAUACCCACGUUUCCGAAAUCUUUCAUCGUUUGCCAGAUAUUGA